AUGGCAUUCCGCAGCCCUUUCGCUAUUCCCCGACGGAUAUGGAGCACCGCCGCCACCUCCGCAGUGCGACCAAUAAGUCGCGGCUGUAUGGUGAUUAAUGAUUCUCAGAAAUGCGGUCUAGCUACAGCAAUUCCGCCCGUGAUGCAAGAUGCGACAGGUGCGAAAGGACCGACUGCGAUGGUCUUUCUAAACAUGGGCGGUCCAUCAACAACAGACGAGGUGGAGGAUUUUCUGAGCAGGUUAUUUGCCGAUGCUGACUUGAUCCCCUUGGGUCGCUUUCAAUCCUAUCUCGGACCUCUCAUCGCACGUCGACGAACCCCCAAAAUUCAGCAGCAAUACUCGGAUAUUGGUGGCGGCUCGCCCAUUCGCAAAUGGUCUGAAUAUCAAUGUGCGGAGAUGUGUAAGAUUUUGGAUAAAAUUUCUCCGGAGACGGCGCCACACAAGCCUUACGUUGCCUUUCGCUAUGCGGCGCCCUUGACAGAGAUUAUGUAUAACCAACUGUUGGCGGAUGGAUUCGGCAAUGGGAAAGGAGGCCGUGCGGUCGCCUUCACACAGUAUCCGCAAUAUUCCUGUUCCACUACAGGCAGCUCCCUCAAUGAACUAUGGAAGUGGCGCACUCGCCUAGAGGGCAAGCGUGGCAAUGGAGAUGCUGACUCCGCGGGUGCCAUUCAGUGGAGUGUCAUCGAUCGAUGGCCUUCCCACCCCGGCUUGGUAGAGGCAUUUGCCCAGAACAUCGAGGCUCAGCUAAAGACCUAUCCUGAGGAGAAGCGGGACCAGGUGGUAUUGCUGUUUUCUGCCCAUAGCUUGCCAAUGGAUGUGGUCAACCGAGGUGAUCCUUAUCCCGCCGAAGUUGCCGCCACCGUCCACGCUGUGAUGCAGCGACUGAAAUUCAGCAACCCUUACCGCUUGUGUUGGCAAUCCCAGGUGGGCCCCAAGGCUUGGCUUGGAGCUCAGACUAGUGAUACUGUGAUGGAAUAUGUCAAGCGUGGCCAGUCUGAUUUGAUCCUUGUGCCGAUCGCAUUCACCAGCGACCACAUCGAGACCCUAUACGAGCUGGAUCUAGAGGUUAUGCAUGAGGCCAAUAGCCCCGGUGUUAAGCGCGCGGAGAGCUUGAACGGAAAUCCGGUUUUCAUCCAGGCUCUGGCCGAUAUUGCUCGCGAGCAUUUGCAGAAAGGGGAGCCCUGCUCGCCGCAAAUGACUCUGCGCUGCCAGGGCUGUAAGAGUGACCGAUGCCUGGAGCAGAAGAAAUUCUUUGCGGGGAAGCAGCUCGCUUCUAUGGUGCUGUAA